AAAUCAUUACUGUGAGAAACGUGAAAACGGCAACACAUACGAUCAAGUUCAAGUUUUGUUUGUUGAUACUUUUUAUUUUUUUUUUCUCUCGCCUUUGUUGUUUUUCUAUAAACUUUUUGUUGUUGUUUUACUUGUUGUUAUAAUUAUUUUUGUUUUAUUGUUAUUAUUAUUGAUUUUUGUUGUUGUUAAAAAAAGAGAAUAAAUAAACGAAGAAAAAAGAAGCAUUACAAUUGUUGUUGGUGUCCAUUGCUAAUGGAAACAAACCUACCAUCAUACAUGCAUGCAGCAAUAUUAUUAUGUUUAACUUCGUACUCAAAACAAUAAACAAAACAAUACACCGCAUACGAUAAGGUUUCUUUUGUAUAAGUAAUAAAAAUUCAAAAGGAUUAUAUUAAUGUCGAGAUUUUUCAAAGACGUCUAUAAGAAACUUAUGCAAAUUAUAGGACCAUAGGCUUAAACAACCUGGUCCUUAAAAUAUACAUAUACAAAUUUGUGUACUUAAAAGUGCUAACACAUACGAAAGAAGUAAAGUGGAGUAAGAAAAUCUCAAAAUGAGUUUUAGCGGCCAAGGAUCAUCGAACGAUAAUGUUCGAAAAUUAUCAUUUCUUAGUUUUAAUACUAAAAAGUCUGGUGGAAAUGAAGAUCCUCAUGAAGUUCUCUUGGACUCGGAAAUGGAAAAAGUUUUCGCUGGUCCAAGUUCAUUAAAGGAAAAAUUUGAUGUGACCACAUUUCAGGACACGGUACAUCCAGUAGGAUCUUAUAAACCUAAAAAUGUACAUCGCACAAAAAAUCUAAAUAGCGAUCUUAAUAUUGAAGAAGAUUCAGAAUACGAACACAAUAAUGAUUCAUCAAAUGCACAAAAUUAUGAUGAUAUACCAGAAGAUUUUCCCUUAGUUUCCGAACGUGCUGGGCAUGGUGAUCAUUCGGAUAAUUCGGCUGAUGAAAAACACGUACAAUUUGGUAAGAAGAAGGCAACUGUUGUUACACCCCCUAGUUUAAGCUAUGAUGAACAACCCAACGAUAAUAUACACGAACGUAAAAGAAGAAAAAGCCGCCAUCAGUAUUAUAGACAACGUAAAUUUUCCCAUCAAGACAGCGUGGAAGCCAAAAAAGUUACUGAAGAAAACGGCGAUGCCGGUAAUCGUAAAAUAUCAGCACCGGAAGAUGCCACUUUGGAGGCAUUUCCGAAGGCCUCCCAGGAAGCGGAUCUUAAUGAAUUAAGAUCACAUCGUUCAGAUGAUCCCAGAGCAUUGAGAAGGCACAAAAUUCAUCAUUCAUCGAUUAAACUGAGAGAGUUACCACAAAUCAGUGUAGCUGGCUUACAACAGGCAAAGAAAAUAUUUGAUCAUAGUCCACAUGAGAUUUUUGUGCAACUUGAUGAACUUAUUGGUGCCGGAGAGGAUCGCGAAUGGAAAGAAACAGCCCGUUGGAUCAAAUAUGAAGAAGACGUCCAAGAGGGCUCCGAUCGUUGGGGCAAACCUCACGUAGCAUCUCUCUCCUUUCAUUCCUUACUUAAUUUGCGUCGUUGUCUAGAAACCGGUGUAGUUCUGUUGGAUUUAAAUGAAAAGGAUUUACCAGCCGUUGCAUAUCGUGUUGUCGAACAGAUGGUUAUUGAAGAUUUAAUUAAUUCCGAUGACAAACCAUCUGUAUUGCGUUCUUUACUGUUGCGCCAUCGUCAUGUAAAUGAAAAUCAAAAUGGUUUUCCUUUUACGAAACGUAAAUACAACAGUUACACCAGUCUACAGUUGCUAUGGAUGGGACAUGAUCAUCAGCAACAUUUACAACCACAACAAGCAAAUCGUCUACAUCCAAAUAUUGCACGUCCACGACGCUCUGUUUGUGAAACUCUGAGUGCACCACCAACAGCAAUUGUAGUCGAACCAAAUGCAACAAAUCGCCGUCAUUCAACGUUAUCGUAUUUGGGUAAUCUUUCGGGCGAUGAUAAGAAAAUUAAAAUUAUGCCUGCCUUGGAAAUUGGUGGUAGCAAGAAGAGCAAUGAUUUGAAAAUUGAUAUGAAAGAUGAUUUGUAUUCUUCAUCCCAGGAAGAUUUGAAGAAACUACAAAAUGAUACUAUACUUAAGAGGAUACCACAUGGUGCAGAGGCCACUACAGUAUUGGUGGGUGCAGUUGAUUUCCUGGAACAACCCACCAUUGCCUUUGUACGUUUGGCUGAGGGUGUACCUAUGCCUAGUCUUACCGAAGUUCCCAUACCCGUACGUUUCAUGUUCAUCCUAUUGGGUCCACCCACUUUGGAUUUGGAUUAUCAUGAAGUCGGUCGUUCUAUUGCUACUUUGAUGGCCAAUGAAUCCUUUCAUUCCAUUGCUUAUAAAGCAGAUGAUCGUAAAGAUUUACUCUCCGCCAUUAAUGAGUUUUUGGAUGACUCUAUUGUCUUGCCACCUGGUAAUUGGGAUCGCCAUGAUUUGCUGCCCUUCGAGGAAUUGAAAGCUAAAAAAGACUGGAUUCGUUUGCGUAAGAACAAAGCUUUACAAGUUAAGAAGGAGAUGAAAGAUAAAGCCAAUCUGCAUAAGGAAGUUUUGAAAGCUGCCAUUGAAAAGAAGCAGGAAGAUGCUAGUGAUGAUGAUGGUGAUAAGAAAAAGCCAAGUCCUUUAGAGAAAACACACCGACUUUGGGGUGGUUUGCGCAAUGAUCUCAAACGUCGUUUGCCCAUGUAUAAAAGUGAUAUAAUGGAUGGUUUGAACACUGAGACCUUGGCCGCCACCGUAUUCAUGUACUUUGCUUGCCUUUCAACAGCUAUAACAUUUGGUGGCUUGGCUUCAGAAAAGACACAUAAUCUUAUUGGCAUAUCGGAAACCUUGUUAAGUGCCUCAAUUGUGGGAGUAAUCUUUCAUAGUUUGGCCGGCCAGCCUUUGGUGAUAAUAGGCACCACUGGUCCUCUACUGUUGUUCGAUGAGGCUUUGAAUAACUUUUGCAAAGAAAACAACAUUAACUUUUUAACAAUCCGAGCCUAUAUUGGUAUUUGGUUGGCAGUUAUAUCUAUAUUGGUGUCAGCCUUCGAGGGCAGCGUGUAUGUGCGUCUGCUAACACGUUUUACCCAGGAAAUUUUCUCCGCUCUUAUUACUUUAAUCUAUAUCGUAGAAACUCUUAUGAAAUUAGUAUCUGUAUAUAAGAAUCAUCCACUUCUAGCCGAUUACAAUUUGCCACCACCCAGUUUAGGCCUUAAUGCUACUCUAGACUUUGUUAACUCCAACGCCAGUGACUUAAUCAAUGGCAAUGAAACUGCAACGAAUGCCACCAUAAAUGUAGAAUACAAUAGUAAUGUUAAAAUGAAUAUGCCCAACACAGCUUUGUUUUGUACAAUUCUAACAUUGGGCACCUUUACCGUGGCCUACUACUUGAAAUUAUUCCGCAACUCACACUUUUUGGGCCGUAAUGCUCGCAGAGCUUUAGGCGAUUUUGGUGUACCUAUAGCCAUUACAAUAUUUGUAAUGGUUGACUAUUUUAUACCGGCUGUUUAUACCGAGAAGUUAAGUGUGCCAGAAGGCUUAUCACCCAGUGAUCCUACCACUCGCGGCUGGUUGGUCAGUUUGGGUCCCAUUGAAACUUGGAUUCCCUUUAUGGCUGGAAUACCUGCAAUUUUAGUGUAUAUAUUGAUAUUUAUGGAAUCCCAUAUUUCGGAAUUGAUUGUGGAUAAACCGGAACGUGGCCUAAAGAAAGGUUCAGGAUUGCAUUUUGAUAUAGUUUUGCUGUGUUGCCUGAAUACCUUCUGUGGUUUCUUUGGCAUGCCUUGGCAUUGCGCCGCUACUGUGCGUUCAGUGGCACAUGUUUCUGCUCUGACUAUUAUGUCAAGAACACAUGCUCCUGGUGAAUCUCCACGUAUAAUUGAUGUUAAGGAACAACGAGUUUCGGGUUUCUUUGUUGCUUUAAUGAUUGGUCUUUCAGUAACAAUGGCACCAUUGCUGCGUCUCAUACCAAUGGCUGUGUUAUUUGGUGUUUUCCUUUAUAUGGGUAUUGCAUCAAUGAGUGGAGUACAAUUCUUCGAAAGAAUACGUUUGUUCUUUAUGCCAGUGAAACAUUAUCCACCCACUCCGUAUGUGAAGAGAGUUCCUACAUGGAAGAUGCAUUUGUUUACGUUUAUACAAGUUUUAUGUUUGGUAUUACUAUGGGCUGUGAAAUCAUCGAAAAUCUCUUUGGCUUUUCCAUUCUUUUUAAUUAUGAUGGUGCCCAUAAGGCAGAGAUUGGCAGCUUUAUAUAAGCCACAAGAAAUGCAAGCCUUGGAUGGCAAUGAAGCUAAUGCUGAUGAAGAUGAACCAGAUUUCUACGAAGAGGCAACCAUUCCUGCAUAGAGAAGAAUACUUCAUAUACAAUUUAAGAAGAUAUUGCACAAAAAAACUAUUUAUGUAAUUAUAUAGAAAUAUAAAUAAUGUUAUUUGUUUCAUUGUUAAAACCAUAUUAGAGUCUACUUAAUGUUAAAUUAAACUUCAAAAAAAAAAAAAAAUUAUGCAAAAAAAAAGUAUUUUUUAAUGUAAGUACUUAUUUUUUUUUUAGUUAAAAUAAUACAAUAAUAUAAUUAAAUAAUUUGUAAUUAAAAUGUACUUAUGUAUACAACUUUUAAAACUAUUACUUAAUUUUUAAACAAAUAAUAUAUAUUUUUUCUUUGAUUUCUAGUAAAAAUAACAAAUUAUAUUUAAAAAAUUAAAAAAAAAACUAAAUAAUUUGUGAGCUUUAUCCAGUACUUAAAGUAUUAAAUUUAACUUAAAUCUAAAAAAAAAGAAAAUGUUUUAAUUCUAAUAAAUGGUUUUAAAUACCAUAUCUUGUCUUUAGGUAAAAAAAGGAAAAAAAAAUAUUCUAUUUUUUUAUAUCCUUAAGUAAGAGUAAGUAGUAUGUUUGUAUAAAUAAAAAAUAAUAAGAAAAAAUAUGUUUAAUGGAAAAUAAGCAUAUUUUGUUUUUUGUUGAAAAAAAAUGAUUCAAAAUAAAAUUUAUACUUAUAUUUACUAAUACUUAUAAGUGAAAUCUGAACAAAAUGAAAAUCAGAAAAAAAAAAACAAAUUUAUAGAAAAGUCAUUGUUGUGAUUGAGUACUUAUCAGGUUGGGAACAAUACAAACUUACAUUUACAUAAACAACUCAUGUACUUGAAGACAGAUAGAAAAUGUCUAGUAGGUAUUUACAAAAUACAUACAUUUAUAAGUUACAUAGCUACAAAUAAACUAUAAAUACAGAUUACAGCUUAAAGAGAAAAAUAUUUUAAUAAAAGAAAAAA